AUGCAUAAAACAAGAGAUUCUAGUGACAUAUGCUUUCCUGAUUUGAGUCAUGUCGAAAUUUUGGAGAUUUCCUACUACAAUGGUUACUCAGAUUUUAAAACAUUGCUCACCAAAUGUGUAAAUGCUAAGAGGUUGAUUUUACGUAACAUUAUCUGCAGACUGCAUGAUCGAACAAAGGAAUAUACACACUAUAACUUUGGAAAAGAACCUUUAUCUUUUGAGCAAGACGAUUUAACGGGGAAAGUUGAAUCCGAAACGGACAAGAUCUUAUGUAAACAGUCGCUUAUAGCAAUUCCCGUGUUUGUAUACAACUGGGGCAAUAUUUUUGAACAUUACCGGCACAAAACACUACAACACCUAAGCAUCACAAACUUUUGGCUCGAUGAACAAUGUUUGGAACAAAUAAGCAACUUUGUUAUGUUAGAAACACUUUCCAUUGUUUCACACUUUAUUUCAGCAGGUGUGUUUAGCGUCCUACCACCAGGUCUGAAAGAAUUCAUAAUAACACCGAUGCUAUGCUUUCCACUCAGGGAAUUCGAAAUAACUUCUUGUGAAGCAACAUUUAAUGAGAAUAGGAAUGUGUGCUACCGAGCGCUAAGAUAUUUAAGAAUACAUUCUUACUUGUUCAUGAAUAAAUCACAAUUCACCUCUUUCCCAAGUACUAUAGAGUUGUUGGAAAUCAUACCCUCGAUCAUAGGGUGUUCUGAUCCUUCGAUGUCAAUAAAAAUCAGGGUGAAAGAGUUAGUUAUUUCAGAAAUUGACCAACAAAUAAAAUGUAAAAUUGAGGAUAACGGUACAAUGGAAGAAUAUUAUGAUAGUUUGUUGAACAUAUUGUCGUAUUUUAUUGAUUUUAGUGAUAUAGCACGAAUUGCGAUUCGAGAUGGAAAUUUUUGGAGAUUUGUUGAACCCCGAGAUUACGGAAAUGGAACAAUUGAUUAAAGUUGGAUAUUACGCUCAUUUUCGACAAAAAACAUAUUUGUGCC